AUGAGUCAAUUAGAAUAGUUCAAAUUUGUACAUAGAGCCUUUUAACCAAAGCUUCUCGAUCUUUUUCAUGUUCUGCAUUAAUGCAAAGUAUUUAUUUCCACUUUCUUGAAUUUCAUCAAUUCUGAGAAUCACAGUUUAAGAGAUUNAAUUAUCUAUAUAGGAAUCGUCUCCCAGGAGUUGGAAAAUCGAGCUUUGUGUAUAAUGAUUAUCAUACCAAGAGCACAAACAACGGAUACUCAAGAAAUUUCGGCGGAGUAUUUUAUACUAGAUGAAUAAUAUAUCUAUUAUAAAAUAAGAAUUUUAAUAUUAUUCCAAUUCCUAAAUAGAGUGUGAUCGAAGUCAGGUAAUUGAUCAUUUCCUUAUUGGAAUAAUAUUAAAUUAUAUUAUUUUUUAUCCAAAUAGAGUUUGUUAUUAUUGAAGGAUGUCAUCUUCUUGAGAAUCAUUAAAAAGUAAACAAAUUUUAAUAUCAGAAUAAAAAGUUGAUAUUUCGAUGGUAAUUAUAAUAGAUGGAAUGAUUUUUGAAGAGAUGUGCGAAUUAAAUGAGUUAGAGGUGCAAAGUAUGUAGCAUUGUGUGAAUUGA